AUGGACACAAGGCCAGUCCAGUCUGCGUCUUCUUCCUUCUCGCUGAGUCGAAUGCGAGAAGAAGGAAUAAGACUCGACACAGAACAGAAGGAAGAGUUCUCUUCUCGAGUUCUCUUCUCGAGUUCUCUUCUCGAGUUCUCUUCUCGAGUUCUCUUCUCUGGCGCACCUUCUUCGCACUUUACAACGGAAAGAGAAAUACGAGAGGCAACGUUCUGUUCUCGCGCUUCAGAGCCUCAGAUUUCAACAAAGAUGAGGGAGAACUGUUCGCGUCUUUCCUGGACGCGGGAGAGCGACAUGCGUCGACGUAGAGCGACCUUCUCUAAAGGAGUUCCUUCUCUCCCCAUUCUUCUCGUCUCCUCUUCUCUUCUCGCAAGACCUACGAGCUCUCGUUGCCGGAGAAGUCUCGAUCGCCUUUGGUCUUCUUCAUUUUCUCCCGCCUUCCACUCUCCUCGUCCUCUCUCUCUUUCUCCUCAUGCAUGUAAAGAGUCUCGUGGAUGGCGGAGACAAACGUCUGCCGCAUGCAGCGGCGAGACAGACCAACGUCAAGCCUCCUAUGGAAGAAGGGCACCAGGCACCCCAGUCUUCGAUGUACCAACGCGUUGUCUCUCUUUUCGCUCUUCCCCUUUCCUUUCACCCUCACUUUCCUUGUCCUUUCCCUCGACCUCACCUUCUCCUCGCCAUUCUUGCUCCUCCUCUUCUUUUUCAUCUUCCUCCUCUUCUUGCUCUCUCUCUUCAUCUUCUUCCUCGUCUUCUUCUUCUUCUUUCUCAGCUUUCUCUGAAGUUUUCUUUUCUCUGUCUCUUUCGUCGCGCCGCUUGUCGCCGCGUACCCGCGAGAGGCGCCGAGAGGUGGAGGCCCUCAUGCAGCCGAAGCACCCUCUUGUGAAGGCUGUGAAGCAAACAGCGAGUCCUCACCUUCCCAAGUAUUUGCAGGAAUUCGCGCUGCACCAGCAGGAUGCAAGAAAUCUCUGGAAAACGAGACUUGCCGCGAGUUCCCCAGUCCACCAGGCGCAUGCAACAACCCAGGCAGCAAAGAGACCAGCGGGGAAUGCGUCUCCAACUUCGCCGCAUCCUGCUCACAUGGACGCUUCUCUUGUGGCUUCUACCGCUGCCGACCUCUCGCGCAUGCGGAAUGGAAACGAGGCUCUCUGGACGGCUUUGGAGCGCAGAGCAUUGCAGUUGCGACCGCUGUUCGAGCCGAAGGAAAUUUCUGUUUUUUUGAGCGCCCUGAGUCGGAUGCGGCGAUUCCCUCCGGAGGUGUUUAAAGCGUUCGCGCCUGUGGCCACACAAAAAAUCGUCUACUUCAACUCGAGUCACCUCUGCAUGCUCCUCUCGGCUUAUGCAAAGAGCCGUGUGGAGCCAGGUCCAGAGUUCCUCGCGGCCGUUCGCCAGCAACUGCUUCACCGCCUCGCUCUCCGGGAACUCCAGAGCCCCGUGGAACUCGCCAUGCUUGUCAACGCCCUCGUCAAAUUGAAGCUGUGCGAGGAUCGAGGCUUAGUCGAGAGAGUCGCACAACAUGUUCGUCAGCGUCUCUCUGUUGAAGACUUUCACAUCCGAGAACUCGCCGUCCUCGCCUCCGCCUUUGCGGCUGUGAACUACUCGGAUCUCGCUCUUUUCAGUCACAUUGCGGACGCAGCGGUGGAGACGAUCAACGAGGCAACUCCAGUGGAGCUGGCGCGUCUGCUUCAGGCGUUUUCCUCUGUGUCGCCUUCGACGGCCCUCGGCGGCCUCGAGGAAGAACAGGAGCGCAUUGCUCAGAGCGAGAGGAGACGAAAGAAGCUGGAGGCUCUUUUGGAAGUUUGCGUUGCAUGUGCGAGAGAGAAGAUCGCCUUCAUGAGUGCAGACGAGCUUCUCCUUUCGGCCAACGCACUGGGACAGGCUUUCUCCGUUACCGCCUCGCCAGCGCUUCGAGACGAUGUUGCGGCGCUUCUCGCAAGCAUGAGGUCCCUGGCCGUCGCGAGUCUCGCGGUCUUCAGUUUGAGCCAAAUUUCUUCGCUUCUUUUCUCCUUCUCGCGAUGGAAGCAGCCGUUCCCGCCUGCGGAGCUUCUACGUGUGGUGGACCGCCUGGGCGCUUUGACCUCUUCGGACGCUGUUUCCGGCGCUCGACAUGGAAGCUCGCAGAUCUCGCAGACUCGCCUGCCAGCUGAACUGGCCUCUACACAGAUAUCCAUUCUCUUCUUCCUGAACCUGCUUCUCCAGUCUUCGCCUUCGUCGACCUCGGGGACUGCCGCAGCGUCUGGCGCCGCAGCGACGAGGGCAAAGACUCUUCAAGGGGUCCGGCGGCUGAUGCGCACGUGGACCCCCAACAUAUUUCUCUCUUUCGCGCCUUCGCCUCUGGUCAACUCUUCGCUCGCGACAGAGAGACAGCUGGGCGAAGGCGAGACUCGCCUGCGAGCGCGGACCGCGGCCGCAGGGUCUGCGGAAGAGGCCGACUGUGGCGGGGAGACACCGGGACGAGGACCGCCUGCAGCCGUCCAGGACCUUCUUCGACUGCUGGAGGCGUUCGUUGGACUUCGGGAUCCUGAAGAGAAAGAAGACGAGCUCUUGUUUCUUCGUGGAUUUCAAGAAGCUGUGUUGCGUUGCCACACAGCGAUCGAUGGACUGGCGGCAUCGCAGUUCCUUUUUCUGCUCGAAGCGCUCCGCCUUCCGGAGGAAGACGACUUCGUUCUGUUGAUGAAGGAGAAAAACGCGAAAACGUAAACGCAAACGCGGAGACAAGAGAUUCCCUCGCGCGGCGAGACAGGCUGCCCCGUUUCAUGUUCAUGAAACCGAUCAUUGCCGACGCCCUUGCCUACAC